CCGGUACAGGAGUUAAUGUUUUCUGGGACCUACUUCUUCUCCUGCUGUCGCUGACAGGCGGUGCUUCGGUCGCUCCCAAACAUGGCCUCCAUGACGGAGCGACCGCUUCAACUUUAAUUUUUCGCCUAUUUUUCAGAGCAAAACCGUGUUUUUUUCCUUCCACGAGCACCGGGAAUGUUUCUUGGGAACGUACCAUCAUGGCAGACGUGUGAAACAGAUGUUAUCUGUCGGAGAAGUUCGCUGUUGGCUGUAAACUGAUCGCUCGAAGUUGGCUGGAAAGCUGGAGAGGAAAAAGAGAAUUGCAUCAAAUCAAAUGCCAUCUGAGGCUCAGUCCCAGGAGCCUCGGGACAGAGGACCGGCCCCUCCCGUCACUCGGGCCGGACGCAGCGCUCAGCUGGCCAAAGCCGCCGCUACAAGCCCCGCCCCCGAGAGGCGGUCUCGUGGGCGACCUCGGAAAGAUGGGAGCAGCAGCCGCUCUGUGCCUCCCACCCCUCCUCCUCCUCCUCCUCCUCCUCCUCCGCCACCUCCUCCCAAAUCAAGGAAGAAGGGGCGGAGUCGAGGCCGGGCCCAGGUAGAGGAUGAAGAGAGCAUGGACGCCACGGAGAAGAAAACCCCCCAAAAGACAGAGGUGAAGGAGAAGACAACAGGACGCCGUCGCUCCACCUCCAGGAGAAAAACGAACGCAAACCCUGAACCCGACCCUGACCCUGACCCUGACCCCAACCAGAACCCUGACCCUGAUCCCCCUCGGCCUGACCCCACGGUCUCAGCGUCAAGCCCAGAACCAGCUCCCAGUGCUGAGGAGGAGGACAGGACCAGCCCUGCUCCUGCUGCUCCUCUCCCAGCCACCAGUCCUGGAGAUAAACCUCGAGUCAGUUCCCCAUCCCCAUCCCCUGCCUCCAGCCCCAGACCUGCCCCUGCUCCUGAUCCCGAUCCUGAUCCUGAUCCUGAUCCUGUGGAGGAGGACCGACCCAGCCCGAGCCACAGCCCCAGCAUUGUUCCUUUGGAGACAGAGGGGGGCGGGGCCCUGAGUCCCUGCUCCAGUCCUCCGGUCUCCCCCUGUCCCCGACUGGAGGACGAGGACUCGCUGUCCCCUCUGUUCCAGCUGUCUCUGUCCGAGGACUCAGGGGGCUCGCCUGCCCCCAGCCUGGGACACACCAAAAAACGUCUGAAGCAGUGUGCCUUCUGUUACCGCGGUGAAGAGCCACCCCUGGGCCAGGGCCGACUGGUGGUGUUUGGCCCGACGCCCGGCUACAUCCCGCUCCACAUCCUCAACCGCCGCGCCUCCUCCGACCGGGACAAUGACUGCCAUGACCACUGCUACCGCGGCGACCAGGCCCCGCCCAUGUGCAGCAGUCCAGAGCAGUGUGAGGAGGAGUCUUCCUCAGAGUUUGUGGAGCAGCUCGGACCCGUUGGCCUUCCACAUGACAUCAACGUCCAAUCACUGUUCGACCCCACAGGUCAGUGCUGUGCUCACCUGCAGUGUGCAGCCUGGUCAGAGGGGGUAUGUCGCGGCGAGGGCCAAUCACUGCUCUAUGUGGACAAAGCCAUCGACUCAGGAAGCACGCAGGUGUGUGUGUUCUGCCGUCGGCUCGGAGCCUCGCUGCGUUGCCGGGAGACGGGCUGUAGGCAAAGCUUCCAUUUCCCCUGUGCUGCUGCGGCUGGAGCUUACCAGGACUGGACCAAGAAACACACACUGUGUACAAGACACACACACACAGCGUCCUCACAGUGUGUGUUGUGUUCGAGUGGCGAUGAUGUCGGUGGUCUGUUGAUGUGUUGUUGCUGUGGUGACCGCUACCAUGGCAGCUGCCUGAACCCCCCCCUGGCCCCCUCCCCCCUAUGCCGGGCUGGCUGGCAGUGUCCUCAGUGUCGAGUGUGUCAGAGCUGCAGGUUGCGAGGGGAUGAUGGCGCGUUGCUGGUGUGUGAACGCUGUGAUAAAGCCUACCACACACACUGUCUCACACCACCUCUGGAUCACACACCGAGCACCGGCUGGAGCUGCAAGAACUGCAGAAUCUGCCGCCGCUGUGGUGUGAGGUCAUCAGGCCAGUGGGCCAAUCACCUGUUUCUGUGCAAGUCAUGUGACCCGGCCCUGCCCUGCCCUCUCUGUGACCAUGCCCCCGACCUCUACACACCACAGGACUAUCUGACCUGUAUCUGCUGCUAUAGGUGUGUCCAUACAGAGUGUAUUGUCCAGGCUGGGGAGGGCAGGGCAGGGUCUGAAGAUUACAUCUGCUCCAUCUGCAGGCCUCAGAAGGAGGAGCCAAUCCCACACACUCCACUCGCACGCAGUCCUGCCCCGGUCCCUCAACUAAGUCCCACACAGGCACCACCCAUAAGCGUUUCACAGCCACCAAUUCCAGGUCUCACAGAGGCUCCACCCAUCAGUCCAACGGCUCAUAGCCCAGUCCACUUCAUCCGCUCAGAGCCAGCCCAUAGUCCUACCAAAACCCCCUGUACGCCAUCGCAACAAAGUCUGGCUCCAUCUCAUGUUGAACCCACAGGGCUCCAACAUAGUCCUGCGCCACCCUGCCCUGAACCUACAGAGCUCCAACAUAGUCCUAUGCCAUCCCUCCCUGAACCCACAGAACCCCAACAUAGUCCUGCGCCAUCCCACCCUGAACCCACAGAACCCCAACAUAGUCCUGCACCAACCCACCCUGAACCCACAGAGCUCCAACAUAGCCCUCCACCAUCUCACUCUGAACCCACAGAGCUCCAACACAGUCCUGCACCAUCCCACCCUGAACCCACAGAGCCCCAACAUAGUCCUGUGCCAUCCCACCCUGAACCCACAGAGCUCCAACAUAGUCCUGCGGCAUCUCAUUCUGAACCCGCAGAGCUCCAACGUAGUCCUUCACCAUCUCGUUCUGAACCCACAGGGCUCCAACAUAGUCCUGUGCCAUCUCACCCAGAACCCACAGAGCUCCAACAUAGUCCUGAGCCACCUCACUCUGAACCCACAGAGUUCCAAUAUAGUCUUGAGCCAUCCCACCCUGAACCCACAGAGCUCCAACAUGGUCCUGCGCCAUCUCACUCUGAACCUGCAGAGCUCCAGCAUAGUCCUGCGUCAUCCCACUCUGAACCCACAGAGCUCCAACAUAGUCCUGCCCCGUCACAUUCUGAACCCACAGAGCUCCAACAUAGUCCUGCACCAUCCUGCUCUGAACCCACAGAGAUCCAACGUAGUCCUGCGCCAGCUCACUCAGAACCCACAGAGCUCCAACAUAGUCCUGCGCUAUCCCACCCUGAACCCACAGUGGUUCAGCAUAGUCUUUCGCCAUCCCACCCUGAACCCACAGAGCUCCAACAUAGUCCUGCAUCAUCCCACUCUGUACCCACAGAGCUCCAACACAGUCCUGCGCCAUCUCGUCCUGAACCCACAGAGCUCCAUUAUAGUCCUGCAUCAUCCCACCCUGAACCCACAGAGCUCCAGCAUAGUCCUGCAUCAUCCCACCCUGAACCCACAGAGCUCCAGCAUAGUCCUGCACCAUCCCGCCCUGAACCCACAGAGCUCCAACAUAGUCCUGCACUGUCCUGCCCUGAACCCAAAGAGGACCAACAAUGUCUUGCGCCAUUGCAUCCUGAACCCACAGAGCUCCAACACAGUCCUGCACCAUCUUACCCUGAAUCCAAAGAGCUCCAGCGUAUUCCUGAGCCAUCCCACCCUGAACCCACAGAGCUCCAACAUACUCUUGCAGCAUCCCACCCUGAAUCAACAGAGCUCCAACCUAGUCCUGCGCCAUCCCACCCUGAACCCACAGAGCCCCAAUAUAGUCAUGUGCCAUCCAGCCUUGAACCCACAGAGCUCCAACACAGUCCUGCACCAUCCCGCCCUGAACCCACAGAGGACCAACAAAGUCUUGCGCCAUCUCAUUCUGAACCCACAGAGCUCCAACAUAGUCCUGCACCAUCCCGCCUUGAACCCACAGAGCUCCAACAAAGUCUUGCACCAUCUUACCCUUAUUCCCCAGGGCAACAAGAAAUUUCUACACCAUCUCGUGCUAAUGGAAAAGAGCUCCAGCAAAGUCCACCACCAUCUCAUCUCAGUCCCACAGAGCUCCUUCAAAGUUCACUACAAUCUUACUCUGGUCUAACAGAGUUCCUUCCAUCAGUUAGCCCUAAUCUCACAGAGCACCAGGAGAGCCACACCCUAUCUCAAGUUAGUCCAGCAGUGUUUCAACAAAGCCCCACCGGUGUGACUCCCUUGCAGGCUCAGAAGACUCAGCUCAAUUUUACUUCUUCCAGCUCUACCAAGAAUUCCACACAGGAUCAGCUUUUGGCCACAGAAUCUCAGCAGAGUCCAACACAGGGUAGUCCCAUGUCUUGUAGCCAUGCACAUUCUCCGCACAGCCCACCACCACAGACACCAUCCCAAGUAGGGCUUAGUCCUACCCAGGUUCAGCUAGGGCCUGCAGAGCCUGAGCAAAGCCCUUCACCACACAGUCAGGUGCAAGACAACUCUACACAGACACUGUUUGAUCGACCAUGUGGUCCUACAAACAUCAUCAUCGUACAGCCUCAGCACAGUCCUACGCCACAUAGUUCUGCACAAGUUGGCACAUCACCUCCACAGAGUCCCACACAGGAUGCUGAACAUACACUGGACCAGGAGAGCCCUGGAUCAAGCAGCCCUGCUGAGCUGCAAUGUGCGCCUGCACAGGACAUUUCUACACUGGACCAGGAACUCUCAACAGUCUGCCGUAGGCCCACCAAGACAGCAAGGAGACAUGCCUUACCAAGGCCCUUUUCAGCUCCAUGUAGCCCAUCACCAUCCUCACUCAGAGCCACACAGUGUAGUCUGUCACAGCCUGCUAGCCCAGUACAGGCUCACUCUACACAGCCUUUUAGGCCUUUGCAGCUAAGCUUACUUCCUUCUCAGCUUGCUGCUCAGUCAAGAGUCACAAAGGAAUGCACGCAAACCAGUACUACAGAGCUGACAUCUUUGGAGCAUAGCCCAGUGAAGCUGAUUCCUAACCUUGAUGGCCAAACACUGGAAAGUAGCCCUACCCCUCUUAGCCCCACACCUGACCUAUCCACAGUGCCCCCUGAUAGCCAUGGCACAGAUGGCAAACUCCCAAACCAGUGUGGUCCUGUUCAGAGUAGCGUGCUUAGUCCUGACCACUCUAGCCCCCAUCACGGUCCUGCCAUGUCCACACCAGAAAGCCUUGUUCACCUUAGCACUUCAAUGGAACACAGUAGCCUAACUUGCUCACCUUGUGCUGAUGAAAUGGAGGAAAUUCCCCUCCCAGCUAGCUACAGUCAUCAGAGUCCUUCUUGUGACAGCCCAUCACGCUGCACAGAAGCUAUUGAAGGUAAAACCAGCCCCAUACAUAUCCAAAAUAGCUCAGCUAGUGCUAGCCCCAAACAUGCCAGUCGGAUGCCUAUGAGCCCUGCCAGCUCUAUUCAGGCCUGUUCUAGCCCUAUGGCAGUGGAGACUAUCCCUGCCCACGUAAGCCCUGUAGCUGCAGAGACUAGCCUCUCAACACAACCACCUAGCCCUGUAACGCUACCAGCGCAACCGAUUGGCCCCUUGGCACUACCUGUCAGAUUCGCAAAGCAACCAGCUAGCCCACCAGCAGUACUGGCUAGAUCUGUCCAUCCCAUCUCAUGUCAGGAUGAAGAGAUGGAGACACAAGUCAACCACCACAGUCAUUUAAUUCACUCAGAAACUAGUCCUGGCCACCCAACCCCUAUUCUGGACAAUAGAAUUCAUAGAAGCCCUACUCAUGUUAGCACAGUCCACACAGAAAAUAACAGUGGGUACAGUCCGAUGGGCUCCAUGCAUGUUCCAGAGAGAACCAGUACCGCUGUUUGUAGUUUUGUAGAGACUCAGGCAAGUCCCACACUUCCUGGUCAGUCUGAUCCCUCACAUGUCCCGACCACCUGCAAUUCUUCUCCAUCUGCAGUCCAGACGGGCCCCCUGCCAUCUCCAACUAGCUUUAGUCCUCCACACUGUCGGUCAGCUGAUACUAGCCCAGCUAGUAGCUCUGUCAGCCACAGUCUGAGCCAUAGUGGCCAGACAAAUUCCCCGUCUGCUAGCAUAACUGAUGUCAGCCACAGUCCACCUAGGUCUAGUCCUGCUGGUCAAGCUAGUCCUGUUCACAAACAAAGCACCUCUUGUAGUGCCCACUCAGGCCCAGUCCAAAGACAGACUCCCUCAUUAGCUAGCAUGGCAUACAGUAGCCCUGCACAUUCUGCUGUUGCUUGUGUUAGCCCACCUUACAGUCCAGCUCAGGCCAGUGAAGAGUAUCGUAGCCCCAGAGGUAGCCCCCAUUAUACCCCAGCUUCAGACACUGGAACCAGUUCUGGCCUAACUGUGGCACAGCUAAGCCCCACUUUGGCUAGUUCAAGACUUGAUGUGGACAUGGGGGCCAGUUCCAUAAUCCGGUGCUGUGUUCUUCCCACUGUGGUUCAACUCAAUUCUGGUCUUGUUAAACCCACAGACAGUAUUAGGCAGACAAGCCCAGCACCUGCCAGUUCCCAGUCAUAUGACUCACCUGCUGUUAGUCCAAACCAGGCUAGUCUGAUCCAGGGUAGCCAGUCCCCAGCUAGUCCUCUCCCUACCCCCAAAAGGUCUGUUGUUGAAAGCCAAGAAAACACUGCAUCGGCAAGCCCCUUGUAUCAAAGACCAGCGACCCCUGUUGAUGCUACUUCCACUUUGGCUAGUCAGAGCCAUGCUAGUCUUGUCCAUUCUAGUCCCACUCAGGAUAACACUGUGAUGCCUAGUACUAGCCACAUUAGUAAAAUACCCGCUAGUUCCCCACUCUCUGCCCCCUCACAGAGUAGCCCUCCUCAUGCUCCACAAGCUCAAGCUAGUUCUGUGCACAGUAGCCCAGUUGCUGGUCCUGUUUGCAGCCCCCUGCAAUCAGGUGAUACGCAAGUUAAUCCUAGACCUACCAGCUCUAUGCAGCCAGAGGCUAGUCCCAGUCCUGGACCCGAUAGACCUUUUAGUUGUGAGGCUAGCCCUGGUCCUGGUUCAGUUAGACCUGUUCUUGCCAUCCCUGGGCAGUCUGAAACCAGCCCAAGUUUUGGUCCUACAAGCCCUGUGCAGCCUGAUGCUGGUCCUGGUCCUGGAUGCCACUCUGUUUCCAGUCCUCAGCAACACACGACAGAAACGGAGUCUGCAGCGACAGUGGACAUCAACAUGGAGGAGGAGCAGAAGGAGAAGACUGAAGAGAAGGAAGAGGAGGAGAUGCUGAGAGUAGUUCCACAGCAGGAGGACCCUCACCGGACAGUAAAGGAGAGUCCAGAAGAAGAAGAGUCUGUUGAGAGAACGGAGAGAGGAGGAGAACAGGAGCAGGAAGAGGAGGAGGAGGAGGAUCGGCACAGCAGCUCAAACUGUCCUCCUGCAGGGUCUGUCCUGACCGCCUCCCCCCUCCUCCCACAGCCAGCUCCUCCCUCCCCACAACCCACUGCACCAUACUCUGCCUUACAGCCCUCCUGCUCUCCCUCAUCCUCACCUCCUGCCCCCACCCUUUCCUCACCACCAUCUCCUCCUCCUGCCAGAGCUGGCUCUCUGGAGGUGUCUCCUCACAGGACUGCCUUACUCCCCUACACCCUGUCUCCUCCCUCCCCUCCCCUGGAGGACCGCCCCCUGGAAGACAAACCUACCAAUCAAGUGGAAGCUGUGACUGGGGAGGCGGAGCAAGAGGACAAUUCGGUUCCCUGUCAUGUGGCAUCAGUAAAAGAUGACAGCCAAUCACAGAGCCAGUUUGAGCCUGUUGCUGCGGCAACAGAACCCACCAAAGAUAAGAACCAAUCACAUGCUGAGCCUUCAGAGAGAAAAGAAGAGGAGGAGGAGCCUCCUGAACCAGUGGAGUCUAUAGCAACAGACAUGGUAGCCACUCCUGAGGUAGUUGCUGGGCAACAGCCAAUGAGGGAGAGGCAGGAUGCAGAGGACGAGGAAGAGAGGGAGGAGCAGGGAAAGGGUGUGACUGGUAAGAUGGAUGAAGAGGAGGUGGAGGAGGCAAGGGAGGGUGCUGAGCAGGACCAAUCGGAUGUGGAGGAGGAGGAGCCGGUGAGCCCUGUGCUGGAACUGGACCCCUCUUUGGACAUGGAGGUGAUGGCGCUGAUGACCUCCUCCUCACCUGCCCCCUCUCUCCUGCACCUCCCCUCCCCGAGCCCUCCUCCUGCCUCCCGAAGGGGCAUGGGUCGGACUCUAAGGCCUCCUCCCUGCUCCUCCAGGCCCUUGGACGACCUCGCCAUCCGUCUGAGGCAGUCCCCCUUCUCCACCGAGGCCUCCCCUGAGACCUCCCCCGCCAGAGCUCCUGUCACCCCGCCUCCCCUUUCCCCACCCUCACCUCCUCUCCGCUACUCCCCCUCGGCCAGCGAGUCUCCACCUCUUUCAAAGCCUCAGGCUCCUCCCAUCACUGUGCUCCCCCUGACUCCUAAAAUCGGCAUGGGGAAGCCGGCCAUCUCCAAGAGGAAGUUCUCCCCGGGCAGAGCCAGGGUCAAACAGGGUUCGUGGUGGAGUAAUCGCAGGGCGGUGAGCCCCCCCUCAUCCUCCCAGGAUUCCAUGGGGGAGGGAGGGUGGGACAGCCCUAAGCCCCGUCCACCGGACUCCCCCCUCUGGAGCAUGAGAGUGGGUCGUGGUUCAGGGUUUCCAGGCAGGAGGAGGUCCAGAGGAGGAGGUAUUGGAGGAGGCAGAGGAGGCAGAGGAAGGAGCCGGCUGAAAACCCAGGACUGCCUGACUGUGUCACCUGGAAGUGUGUAUGUGGAGCCGUUCCAGCCGAAGGAGGAGGAGGAGAACUCGAUGCACAACACAGUGGUGAUGUUCUCCACCUCCGACCACUUCACCCUCAAGCAGGACAUGUGUGUGGUGUGUGGCAGUUUUGGUCAGGGGGCUGAAGGCAGACUGUUGGCCUGUUCUCAGUGUGGACAGUGUUACCAUCCCUACUGUGUCAACGUCAAGAUUACAAGGGUCAUCCUGACCAAAGGGUGGCGCUGUCUGGAGUGUACUGUGUGUGAGGCGUGUGGCGAGGCCAGCGACCCUGGGCGACUGUUGCUAUGCGACGACUGUGACAUCAGCUACCACACCUACUGCCUGGACCCGCCCCUUCAUACAGUCCCUAAAGGAGCCUGGAAGUGCAAGUGGUGUGUGUGGUGUGUCCAGUGUGGCUCCACCUCCCCCGGGCUGCACUCUGAUUGGCAGAAUAACUACAGUCGCUGUGGACCGUGUGCCAGUCUGAGCUGCUGUCCUCUCUGUCAGAGACAGUACACACAGGACGAACUGAUACUGCAGUGUCAGCAGUGUGACAGGUGGGUCCACGCUGUGUGUCAGGGUCUGAACACUGAAGAUGAGGUGGAGGUUGCUGCUGACGAAGGCUUCGACUGCUCGCUGUGUCGAACACACGGCCGCAGCUCCUACGGUCGGUCUGACAGUUUUGAUUCUCCUUACAUGGCUCAGAUCAUCUCCAGGAUCAGAGAACCCGAGACAAAGACGUACACUCAGGAUGGAGUGUGUCUGACGGAGUCGGGACUCUCUCACCUGCAGUCUCUGGUUGAACCUCUGACGUCACCGCGCAGGUACCGCAGGUGUAAGCCCAAACUGAAGCUGAGGAUCAUCAACCAGAACAGUGUGUCUGUCCUGCAGACUCCACCCGACCCUGACCCCCCCACUGAGCAGGACCCGUGCAGAGGUGACGUGGAGAGUGAGAUGAAAUCUGACUCCAGCCCUGAGCGAGACCACGCCCAUGACGAUGAUGUUACCAAGGAGCCUGAGGUUACCGAUGGCAACAAGAAGAGGAAAAGGAAACCCUACAGGCCUGGUAUCGGGGGGUUCAUGGUGCGGCAGCGUGGAGGGAGAGCUGGUCCGAGCAGAAUUAAACUGUGCAGGAAAGAUUCAUCAGAGAUGCUGCCGGGUCGAGACGAAGAGGUUUCCAUGGAGACGGUGCCCCCUGCCGACCAGACGACGGAGAAGGUGAAGAAGAGGUACAGGAAGAAGAAGACGAAGCUGGAGGAGGAGUUCCCUUCCUAUCUCCAGGAGGCGUUUUUUGGUCGGGAUCUUCUGGACCGAAGCCGACAGGUGGACAGAAAGCCAGGGCCAGAGAGACCAGGUGCCAGCCAAUCAGGAGCCGCGACAGGUGACGUGAAAGGCCGCGCCCCCUCACGCCUGCCACUCGGCGCCAUGGCAACCAAUGCCAUCAAGAAGCAGGGAACACUGCCCAUGUCGGAGGACGCUCUGUUGGAUCUGUCUGAUGUUCUCAACACUGAUCCUCACAUACUGGCCACAGGACACACAGGUCAGAGUCAGGUGGAGCACUCCCUCUCUCCGUUUGCCGGUCUUGACAUCAGCUCCAUGGCGGACGACCUGACAGGAAGUGGUGGGCGUGGCCAGAGGGUGGUGCAGGAGGAACCUCUGGACGCCAUAUUGAGUCCUGAGCUUGACAAGAUGGUCACUGACGGUGCCAUCCUCAGCAAACUGUACAAGAUCCCAGAGCUGGAGGGGAAAGAUGUGGAGGAGGUGUUCACUGCUGUUCUCAGUCCAAGCAGCAGCAACAACCAACAGCCAGAGCAGAGCCAACAAACACACACUGCUGCUGCGAGCAAGACACACACACACAAUGCAGCAGCCACCGUGUUUCCUCGUCUUCCGCUGAUGAACGGCCUGAUGGGAGCUGCUCCUCACUUUCCUAACACUCCCAUGAUGCCCAGCGGCACCCAGAGUCCUGCAGGCUUCAGGAUGCCCCCUCCUGAGAGCCCCACCCCUGCUCCGCUGCAAGGCACCGCCCUGGGGUUGGGCUCAGCCAAUCGGGCGCCAGCGGGAGAGGGCGAGCAGGACGUGAUGUCGACAGCUCAGAGGGGCAUGUUGAAGUGGGAGAAAGAAGAAACUCUGGGAGAGAUGGCCACGGUUGCUCCUGUCCUCUACUGUAACACCAACUUCCCCCAGCUGAGAGAGCAGUACCCUGACUGGUCCACCAGAGUGAAGCAGAUCGCCAAGCUGUGGAGGAAGGCCAGCUCUCAGGACAGAGCUCCAUUCGUGCAAAAAGCUCGAGAUAACCGGGCGGCUCAGCGCAUCAACAAGGUGCAGCUGUCCAACGACCCGCUCAAACGCCACCAACCCCAGCAGCAGCCGCUACCACUGCCACUACCACUACCGCCGCCGCCGGGACCUUAUGACCCCAUUUCCAUGGAGACGGAGGGGGCGUUUAAGGAUCCGCUGAGACCCAAAGAGUCAGAACAGGAGCAGGAGUGGAAGUUAAGACAGGAAGAGGUAAAUGACAGAUGGGGAGCCGGUAAGAAGAGGCAGGAAAAUCUCCCCCAAAGCAGAGCCCUAAAAUCACCAACAGAUAAAGAUUGUCCCUACCAGGCAUCUGUAGCAGGAGGUGGCAGAGAGGCUCUGAUGAUGCGUCAGAAGAGUAAGCAGCUGGCGAAGAUGGAGGCGACUCAGAAGUUGGAGCAGGUGAAGAUUGAGCAGCUGCAGCAGCAGAGGCAGCAGCAGCUGGUUGGUCGUCUGUCCCCGGAGGCCGGCAGCAGGAGUCCCAUCACCUCCUCCCAAGGCAGCACCUCCCCCCUCCAUCCACCGCUGUCCAGACAGCACCUCCUCCUCGCCGACGAUGUCUUCCUUAGACCGCAAGCCCCUCCCCCCUCUGGUUUCUCCUCACUUCCUCACUCCCCCCUCCCAUCCUCCCCUCUCCACCAGCCCCCAUCCUCCCCUCAGAUGUUCUCCCCGCCCUCCUCCCGCCCCUCCUCGCCCUGGGACCCCUACAGUAAAGUAGCAGGGACCCCUCGCCCCACCUCCUCCCAGGCCACCGGCCCCCCAGCCCCCCAGCAGCAGCGUCACAACUCCCUCAGCGCCUCCCCGGCCCACGAUGCCUUUGGCUCCCCUGCACCAUCCCCCGACUCUAAAACCUCCGACGUCCCUCGGACCCUUGGACCCCAACCAGGCCUGCAGCAGAGCAGGGCAGGUAUGAUGAGCCCCUCCUCCGGCUCGGCCCCCGACCUCUCCUCCAGACAUGUGGGUAUCCGAGCAGCAGAAACGUACCAGAGGACUCCAUAUAACGGCAGUAACAUACGUGUACCGGUGUCUGAAUCGUACGGUCGGGCUGGUGAACUGGUCCAGGGUGGGUUGUUUAAAGCCCCCAUGCCCCCCCAGCACCAGCCUCAGCAGGAGGUGUUUGGCAGCUCAGGAGGCGGAGGAGGACGGAGGGACCCGUCCAGACCCACAGACCUAGGCUUCACCCUUCUCCAGUCUCAGGACCCUCCCUUCCCCUCCAGUCCACUGACAGGACUGGGUUCCCCCCACCGCAGUCCCUACGCCCAGACGCCUGGCACCCCCAGACCUGACUACAGCCAGCAAAUCACUGACCCCUUCACCCAGCACUCACCUUUGACCUCCCGGCCCUCGCCUGACCCCUACGCCAACCCUCAGACUCCCGGUACACCUCGCCCCCACUCUGACCCUGCUUACCUCGCAACACCGCCUACACUGAGACUGGACCCGUACAACCAGCAGUCUGCCAACCGCCGGCCAUCCCCCUCUCACCCAAACCUCGACCCCUACGCCUCCAACCCCGGGACACCACGCCCCUCUGUCACAGAGCGCUUCCCUCGAUCGCCAGGGAGUCAGCGGAGCAACGACCCCUACGCUCAACCCGCUGGGACGCCACGACCCACCUCUGAUCCCUACGCCCAGCAGCCCUCCACGCCACGGCCCCAGAAGGCCCCAGAGCCCUUCAGUCAGAACCCAGUGGAGAGCUUCACUCCUCAGCCUGCAGGAUCCACCUCAUCGCCUUCAGUUCCAGGAUUGUCUGGAGAGACGGUGUCCUUCACCUCUGCACACCACCAGUUGCAGCAGUCUCCCGGAAGACAACAACAACAGCAGCAGCAGCAGGAGUCAUUUCCCAGAACCUCCAGCAGCCAGACACCAAAGCACGCUGGGAUGGCAGAGGACAGCAACUUCCUGGCAGGUCAGACUCCUGGUAACGACACCAUCGAGCAGGGCCAUGUUACAUUAGGCCCCUUACAAACGGACAAGACAACAACCAAUGAAAUGGCAGCACUGGCCCAGGCUUCUUUAGAGGGACCAAUGAGCAUGCUGCCUCAGAUUGGUGACUCAGAGGAGAAGCUGAGACAGCGUCAGCGGCUCCGGCAGCUCAUUCUGAGGCAGCAGCAGCAAAAGAGUGCUCUACGGCAGGAGAAAGGUCUGCAGGAAGCAGCCUCUGGAACCUCUGCUGCUCCACCUGCACCCUCCCCUGGUCCUGCCACACCACGACACUGGUCUCAGGUGGACUCAUCCACUGCUUCUCCAACAGACCCGUUUGGACGUCCCCCACCCCCUUACCCUGGCACGAGGCCUAGUGGGGCAGUGGGGGCCCCAGCCCCCAGGUUCCCUGGAGGUUUCCCAGGGGAGCAGCAGAGGGGCUUCACCCCCAGUGAGCCUCCUUUCCCCAGGCAGAGCCUCCCCAGAGAGCUGGGCGUUCGAGGACCGUUGCUGAGGUUUGGUGUUCCUCCAGGAGCUCCAGCAGGUUUCCAGGACUCCUUCUUGCGUCCUCCCCAGGGAUCUGUGCCUGGUUCUGGACUGAGUUUGGUGGAAGGUGUCCCAGUCCAGAUGAGGAGGCCGAUGCCUGGGGAGUUCACAGGCAUCCGACCCCUCCCAGCUCCAGGCGCUCCCCCACACAUGAUGCCGGGUGUCCCCCAGCCCUUCCUUCCACGCUCCCUCCCCCUCCAGCAGCACAGCAUCAUGGGACAGCCCUACAUCGAGCUUCGACACCGCACCCCGGAAAACCGCCUGAGGCUGUCCUUCUCUGUGCCUGCCGCCCCCGACCCCGAGGCCCCGCUGCUGCAGCCCAGAGACCCCCAGGCGCCUGCGACCAGGCCCGCUCAGACGCCACUGGGCCAGCAGACGAUGCUGGACCAGUUGAACCAGCAGCAGCACCUCGGCCACGCAACAGCAGCACUGACUCAGAGCGGUGAUGCAACACUCCCGGGGGCUGAUGGGAUGGAGGAGCACCUGGAGGGAGAGGACUCAGCCGUGAAGGACCUGGAGGAUGUGGAGGUGAAAGAUCUGGUUGACCUCAACCUGAACCUCGACCCUGAAGACGGUAAGGAGGACCUGGAUCUGGGUCCUAACGACCUCCACCUCGAAGACCUCCUGCUGUCGGGGAAGUUCGACCUGAUCGCCUACGCUGACCCUGAGCUCAAUCUGGAAGACAAGAAGGACAUGUUCAACGAGGAGCUGGACCUGGGGGAGCCUGCGGUGGAGAAGGACAGGGGAGAAAGGAGGGAUGGAGCCAGUGGGUCCAGAAAGACCGAUAGCUACAGCCAGUGCAAACAGGAAGUGCAGGACAGCGUCAAGACAGAAGCCAGUGAAGUCCCUUCUACAACCCAGAACCCUGCUCCACAGCUUGGGGUUGUCACCACCAGCAGACCCCCCAGACCUCCAGGAGCUCCAGGAGCUGAGGCAACAGGCUCUAGCCAGACCUCAGUCCCUGCCUCCCUCCAGAAGGGGGAGGACUCUGGUUCUGGUUCAGGGGCCUUGCCGGCUCUCCAGACCCAGGAACAGGCUCCGUCAUCAGGCAUGGCUCCCAGAGCUCAUCCCCCCAUGACUGGAGAUCAACAGUUGGUCUUCCAGCAGCAGCAGAGACCAUUUGGACCCUCCCCCUCGGCUCUCUUCACCCCCCACCCUCAAGGCGUCCCUGUGUCUCCCCACCCCAGUCUGGCUCCCCAGGGAGCCCCUGCCCCGCCUCACCCACUGUCCCUACAACCCCCCCAGCCUCGUCUCCUCCUCAACCCCCAGACCCAGAGCCAGGCUGUGUUCCCAAAGAACCAGGACCAGGACCAGAACCAUCACAGGCCUCUUCUCCUGGAGGAGCAACCGCUCCUCCUGCAGGACCUCCUAGACCAGGAGCGCCAGGAGCAGCAGCAGCAGAAACAGAUGCAGGCCCUGAUCAGACAAAGGUCCACGACAGACACUGUGUUACCCAACAUAGCAGACUUUGACUCCAUCUCUGAUCCCAUCAUGAAGGCCAAGAUGGUGGCUCUAAAGGGCAUCAACAAGGUCAUGACCCAGGGCAGCCUGGGACUCAACCCCAUGGUCAUCAACAGGUUCCAGCAGGCUCCUGUGGUCCCAGGUCCAGAGGGGACCCCUCAGCCUCCACACCUGGCGGGACAAGACGCAAAGUUGAACCCCCAGUUGGUGCGACCCAACCCCCCCAGCUUUGGCCCGGGCUUUGUCAAUGAGUCCCAGCGGCGUCAGUAAGAGGAGUGGUUGGGGGAGACGCAGCAGCUCCUGCAGAUGCAGCAGCGCCUCCUGGAGGACCAGAUCGCUGCUCACCGCAAGACCAAGAAAUCUCUGUCGGCCAAACAGAGAACGGCUAAGAAGGCCGGCCGAGCGCUCGCCGAGGAGGACGCCGCCCAGCUCCGCAACAUCACGGAGCAGCAGGGAGCGGUCCAGAAACAGCUGGAGCAGAUCCGGAAGCAGCAGAAGGAUCAUGCCGAGCUGAUCGAGGACUACAGGACCAAGCAGCAGCAGCAGAGAGCAGCUGCAGGAGCGCCCCUCCUCCCUCAACCCAUGGUGUCAAUGCAGUCCCACCCGGGCGGCCCCACCCCGGCCCGUAUCCCAAACGCCCCCCUUGGUUGGACCCCAGGGAGCGGGGCCCCAGCGGGGGUGAUGGGGCAGAGGAUGCCACUUCAUCUGCCCCCUCAGAUGCCUCCGUCCCUACCUAACGCUCCUCGGGCUGCACUGCACACCCACACCCCUCCUCCCAUGGUGCCUGGCCUCGUUGCUCCGACAGCGGGCUUCACUGCGGGCCCCCAGGGCCCCAGCACAGGGCCCACUGGAGCAGCAGCGGACGCAGCGGCUGCCCCACCUCAGGUCAAGUUUGACGACAACAACCCGUUCAGCGAAGGUUUCCAGGAGAGGGAGAGGAGGGAGAGGCUGAGAGAGCAGCAGGAGAGGCAGAGAGUUCAGCUCAUGCAUGAGGUGGAGCGUCAUCGUGCCCUGCAGCAGAGGCUGGAACUGGAGCAGCAUGGCCUCCUGGGAGCCUCCAUGGGUCCUGGAGCUGGAGUAGCAGCCAUGGCCUCAUCUGGAGCUCCAUCAGGGGCUCGAGCCGGACAAACUCCUGGACCUGGAGGUCCUGCGGGGUCAGCACCUGCCCAUGGAGAGGAUAGUCUCUCCCAGAUGCCCUUCUUCAGUUCUGAGCUGCCCCAGGACUUCCUCCAGUCCCCCCCAGCCUCCAGACCUCCCCCACAGCAUCAGGGCCAGGCAGCAGCACCAUUCCCCCAGCAGGCAGGCCAUCACCAGGGCUUCGUAGGAGGACCCCUUCACCCUGGAGCUCACCCAGCUUCAGGUCUGCUGCCCGGGGCCGCAGCAGAGCGAGGCAGGGCCUUGCCUGUGGAUGUGGCCCCCUCCAACCUCCAGACCAGGCCAAGGCUGUCGGGCCCCACUGUGCCCGUGGCCCCGGGACAGGUACGGUCUGCUGGGAUCGGAGCGGCAGGAAUGACCCCCUCCCAUGCUGGAGGUCAGGCACAUCGAUUUGGACAAGACUCCUCCUCUUCCUCCCCAUCUUUCUCCUGCUCCUCUUCCGGCGGCCCUUCCUCCCUCAUCCAGCUCUACUCUGACAUCAUCCCCGACAACAAACCAAAGAAGAAAAGGAGCAGGAAGAAGGAAGGAGAUGACCCCGCAGGUGGAGGAGGAGCCAGGACGCCACUGUCCUCACACUCUGAUGACAUCACAGCCCCACCCACUCCGGCUGUGUCAGACACUUCCUGCUCCACGCCCACUCGAGGCAACAUGGAUCAAUCAGAUCUGUGCUUCUCUCUAAGCUCUUCUCUCUCUGGACUGGCUCCGUCAUCAGAGCUGGAAAAACAGCUGUCCGUCAUUUCUGCUGCCCAACAGAGAGGCUCCGCCCUGGGCAUGGAGUGUCAGAGAGGUCAUCUGGAGGUCAAGGAGGAGCGUGAGGAGGGAGGAGCAUGUGGAGGAGGUGUGGUGAAGAUGGAGGAGGGCGGGGGUGAGGGAUUCUCCUCCCCCUCUCAUGUCCACGGGGGAGAUGGGGGCAAGGAGCUGCUCAGACACCUGCUGAAGGACAAGACCUCCCCAGCAACCACGCCAUCACCCACAGGCCAGGCCCCGCCCACUGCUCAGACCCCACCUGCUGCCCGCCGCCAGCUGUCCAAUGAGAGCAUCCGGUCUGAGGAGGAGGAAAGGCCUGGCUCCCAUGGCAACAUGGUGACGAUGGACAGUCCAGGUCCAGAUGUGCUGGACUCGUCCGGCAGGAAGAAAGCGCAGCGCUGUAAAAGACUGGCUCGGCCGGAGAAAGACAGAGCUCCCUCCAAAAACAAGAGGAGGAAGAAAGAGGAGGAGGAGAAGACGCUCCACUCCUCCUCCACCUCCCCCUCUGACCCACUGAUGACACACCUCAGACAGCUGUCGGUGCUGCCUCUCAUGGAGCCGGUUCUCGGGGUGGAUCUGAGUCUGUUCCCCCCGUACGGCAGCUCCUCUCUGGGCAGAGACUCCAGACUGACGGGCUCCUUCGGUAACGCCUGCCUGGACGGAGUCACUGACUACUACUCCCAGCUCAUAUACAAGCAGAAUAACCUCAGCAACCCCCCCACACCUCCAGCCUCCCUGCCCCCCACCCCCCCGCCUGUCGCCAGACAGAAACUGGUCAACGGCUUCGCCACAACGGAGGAGCUGGCGAGGAAGGACAUCACGGAACAGGACGUGAAAGGUGUGAAACAGAAGGGGGAGGGGCUUCUGACUCUGAACCACACUUCCAAAACUGUUGACGUCCCCGCCUCCCUGCCAACGCCACCCCACAACAAUCAGGAAGAGAUCAGGGUCCAGGACACGUGUGGUCGUGACAGCCCGGAUGGUUUCAUCCCGUCCUCCUCUCCAGAGAGCGUGGCAGACAUGGAGGUCAGCAGGUACCCCGACCUGUCCUUCAUCAAACUGGAGCCACCCUCUCCCUGCUCGUCACCUACAAUACCCAUGAUGCCCUGUGCCUGGGGCAAAGGUUCUGCAGUGAAACAGGAAGUGAAGUCGGAGCCCAACCACCAGGGUCCUCCCUCCUGCUCUAACACAGACCUGGUUACCAUAGCGAUAACCCUGAACCCCGUUGCCGCUCAGAACACUGCAGGUGUGAUGGCGGCGGUGGCGGAGCUGCUGCGGGUCCCCGUCCCCAUCGACUACCAGCUGAUUCGACCCGCCGGCCCCGAGCGUAGCUCUCUGGCGCUGCUGGCCGGAGUCCGAGUGCCGCUCACACAGGGUUCAACAGGCAGCAGACAGCAGAGACCUCCACCUCCUCCUGCUGCUGCCAGGCCUCAGUGCUGCAGCUGCUGCAAGGUGCUGCUGGGAAACGGAGUCCGCAUCGUCAAGGAGCUCAAACAGGAGGGUCAGUCCAGACCAGGAUCCAGCUUGGUGUUCUGCAGUCCAAACUGCUCUGCACUCUACACAUCUGACCUGCAGAGCACAACAGCUGGAACCAAGGCUGCAGUCCCCGUCAUGCUGGCCAGCUCUGAUCGUCCUCCUCCCAGCAGAGUGCAGCACCAGUAUACCAGUAACAUGUCCUCCAUCACCGUCCACUCCCUCCUCAACACUCCCUCCUCACAUCCACCCACAUCCUCCUCCUCCUCCCCACCACUUUCUUUCCCCACUGCCUCUGCCAUUACCAUGGAGACCAGGCCUCGCAUGGACAGCCUCAAGGUGAAGGUGAAGCUGAAGCCCCGCCCCCGGGCGGUAUCAGGUGUAGAGGACUUGCUUUUGUCUCGUCAUGGCAAGAGGAUGAAGGGUUGCCGUUGGACACGCUGGAGCUUGAACAUCACACUGAGCAGGGGUCCAUGCAUCCCCAACGAGGCUGUUGCCAUGCCAACAGAAGAGGCAGUGGAUGUGCUGUUGAAAAAGUUGGGGACCUGUCUACGUCCUGAUCCACCACCCAAAGACCAGCGGAGGUGCUGCUUCUGUAACCAACAGGGUGAUGGACGGACAGACGGACCAGCCAGACUGCUUAACUUGGACCUGGACCUGUGGGUCCACCUGAACUGUGCUCUGUGGUCCAGUGAGGUGUACGAGACUCAGGCCGGCGCUCUGAUCAACGUGGAGCUGGCUCUGAGACGAAGUCUGACUCUGCGCUGUGCUCACUGUCAAAAGACCGGAGCCACAAGUGGCUGUAACCGCCUCCGCUGCACCAACACCUACCACUUCACAUGCGCACUGCAGGCCCACUGCACCUUCUUCAAGGAUAAGACCAUGCUCUGUCACCUCCAUAAGCCCAGGACGGUUCCUCUCAGUGGGGACAGGUCCUCCAGCGGCUCCCCCUCCUCCACUCCAGGGCUGCCUUCCGACCCCGCUGCAAUGGCCCUCAGUGACCCGUACGACUGCGAGCUGCGAUGCUUCUCCGUGUUUCGGCGAGUGUUCGUACAGCGGGACGAGGCGCGGCAGAUCGCUGCAGUGGUGCAGCGCGGCGAGCGUCAGCACACCUUCCGAGUCGGCAGCCUUUUGUUCCGCGCUGUCGGCAGGCUCCUCCCUCAGCAAAUGAAGGCCUUCCACAACAAGACUGCCAUCUUCCCCAUCGGUUACCACGCCAACCGCAUCUACUGGAGCAUGCGCCACAGCAACAGACGCUGUAAGUACAUGUGCUGCAUUGAGGAGCAGGAGGGCCAGCCGCUGUUCAAAGUCAAGGUGGUGGAGAAGGGAUACGAUGACCUCAUACUGACCGGACCAACACCCAAAGCUGUGUGGGACCAGAUUCUGGAACCAGUAUCACAGAUGAGAUCCUCCAGUGGGACUCUGAAACUCUUCCCAGUUUACCUGAAAGGAGAAGAUCUGUUUGGUUUGACCACGUCUGCAGUGACCAGGAUCAUCGAGUCUCUGCCAGGUGUGGAGACCUGUGAGCGUUACACCUUUCGUUAUGGCAGGAACCCUCUGAUGGAGUGGCCCCUGGCCUUCAACCCGUCUGGCUCGGCCCGCUCUGAACCCAAAGCCUGCCAGGCCAAGAGACCGAACCCGUUGACCAGCAUCGCUCCCAGGUGUCAGGGCUCAGUGGGCUCCAUCGUGGGCCUCGUGCCCGGCGUCAUCUCUCUGUCUCCAGGAGAGUCGGUAGCCGGGGCUCAUCAGGGACGCCACUCCAAGUCGUCCCAGUACCGACGCAUGAAGGCCGAGUGGAAGACCAACGUCUACUUGGCCCGCUCUCGCAUCCAGGGUCUGGGUCUGUACGCUGCCAGAGACAUUGAGAAAUGCACCAUGGUCAUUGAGUACAUUGGUACCAUCAUCAGGAGUGAAGUAGCUAACCGCAAGGAGAGGCUGUACGAGUCUCAGAACCGUGGUGUGUACAUGUUCCGGAUCGACAACGACUAUGUGAUUGACGCCACCAUCACUGGAGGACCGGCCAGGUACAUCAACCACUCGUGUUCUCCCAACUGCAUCACAGAGGUGGUCACUGUGGAGAAGGAGAACAAGAUCAUCAUCAGCUCCUGCAGACGCAUCCAGAGAGGAGAAGAGCUGUCUUACGACUACAAGUUUGACCUGGAGGACGAUCAACAUAAGAUCCCGUGUCACUGUGGAGCCGUCAACUGCCGCAAAUGGAUGAACUGAACACACACACACAGCGCUGUCUCUCUCUCUCUCUGUCUCGGUGCUGGGGCUGGAUGUCGAUCGCCCAUCACCCUGUGGGCGGAGCUACACUUCAUAUCAGAAGUCAAUAUAAUAAUAAAGUGAUCAGAGAUGAUAAUGAUUGGAGGGAGGGGGUGACUGACAGAUAAGGGUCGGGGCUAUGUAGAGAUAUAUAUGUAUAUGUAUGUAUCGGGAGGGCGUGGCUUAAGAUGGUCAGGGAGGGGGCGGGGCUUAUGACGAGGCUGGUCCUCUGUGUGUAUAUUGAGUGUAAAAAUGACCACAGAUGUAAAUGUGAGUGUAAACGCCACUGAAAUAACCGAAUGUCUUCGUCCUCACAGGGAGGGUCAUUAAGUUGCACUAUAAAAACUAUAAAACAAGAAAAACAGACGGAUCAAUUCCCAGAGAAACUUACUUGACUCCUCCUCCUCCUCCUCCUCCUCCUCCUCCCUGCGUUCUGUUAAUUUCCUGUAAAAUAAGAGAUUUUGUUCUUUUUGUAUUUAUUACUGAAUGAAGCUAUUUUCUAAAUCCACGGUGAGUUCGAGGUCGGGAGUCGCAGCGUGUAAAUAUGUGUAUCAUAAGUUUAAAAGAAAACAAAAAGUUUAGAAAUCACUCCACCGAGAGCUACCUUAACAUCCUCAUCCUCACCUUCAUCACCUGCCAAUCAGAGCGUCGUUCUGUUUGAGUUUUGAAUAAAGUUUCACUGUUUCUGUUUCCUGCCCCGGCGCUGGAGGCGGUGCGUUCUGAUUGGACAAAGACUGUGAACAGACUCCCUGAGUGUCGGGCAGGUUUCACCGCGGCCUUCAUCGGACUUUAGUUUGUUUGUUUUUCACCCUGCGUUUUGGCUGCAGGCGUCUGUGUGUGGUGGAGUCCUGCUGCCAUGUACAUAUGAGGUUUUAUCAGGACUCUGCUGAUGUGUACAGUGAGACGAUAUGAAGCCUUGUUUUUGUUUGUUUGUUUUUUUUAUUAUUGGAAGUAAACAAAGUGUGACGAUGAUGAAGAUGAUGAUGUUUUUUGUUUUGGGGAAAAAUGUGGAAUCUGAUUUAGAAUCAUUUACAGAAAAUAAAAUAUUUUACAUCAUGA